UCCUGUGCACACUCUGCCUGCACCUGGUAAGAAGGUUAAAGGGUGGGGGGAGGCUGGCCCACCCCUGACGCCUGGCUUUUGCAGGUCUUGGUCGCCGUGACGCUCGCCGGCUACAUGUCCCUGAGAAGAGUCUCCGCGCGGCUGCUGAGCCUCAGGCCCGGCCUGCGUUUCCCGCGUACGUGGAGCUCGGCUGCGGCGCACACUGAGAAGACACAGAGCCGAUCGGCCAAAUCUUCUCGCCCUGAGUUUGACUGGAGGGACCCACUGGUGCUGGAGGAGCAGCUGACUGCCGAUGAGAAACUCAUCAGGGACACCUUCCGCAACUACUGCCAGGAGCGGCUCAUGCCUCGAAUUCUGCUGGCCAAUCGAAACGAAGUUUUUCACCGGGACAUCGCAUAUGAGAUGGGGGAGCUAGGCGUGUUGGGACCCACCAUCAAAGGGUAUGGCUGUGCUGGAGUGUCAUCGGUGGCCUAUGGGCUCCUGACCCGGGAGCUGGAGAGGGUGGACAGCGGCUACAGGUCAGUGAUGAGUGUUCAGUCCUCUCUUGUCAUGCAUCCCAUCUAUACCUACGGGAGUGAGGAGCAGCGACAGAAGUAUCUUCCCCGUCUGGCCAAAGGUGAACUUCUGGGCUGUUUCGGGCUUACAGAGCCCAACCAUGGAAGUGACCCAGGCAGCAUGGAGACCCGAGCUCGCCACAAUCCCUCAAAGCAGAGCUACACUCUCAGUGGGACCAAGACCUGGAUCACCAACUCUCCUGUGGCUGACCUGUUUGUGGUGUGGGCUCGGUGUGAGGAUAACUGUAUUCGAGGCUUCCUGCUGGAGAAGGGGAUGCGGGGCCUCUCUGCCCCUAGGAUUGAGGGAAAGUUCUCCUUGCGAGCCUCAGCUACCGGCAUGAUCAUCAUGGACAGCGUGGAGGUGCCUGAGGAAAAUGUGCUACCUAAUGUGUCCAGCCUGGCGGGCCCUUUUGGCUGCCUCAACACUGCCCGAUAUGGCAUCACAUGGGGUGUGCUGGGAGCUGCUGAGUUCUGUUUGCACACAGCCCGGCAGUAUGCCCUGGACAGGAUCCAGUUUGGUGUCCCCUUGGCCAGGAACCAGCUGAUUCAGAAGAAGUUGGCGGACAUGCUUACCGAGAUCACAUUGGGCCUCCAUGCUUGUUUACAACUUGGCCGUUUGAAAGACCAGGACAAGGCUACCCCAGAAAUGGUCUCCCUGCUGAAGAGAAAUAACUGUGGGAAAGCCCUGGACAUUGCCCGCCAGGCACGAGACAUCCUGGGAGGAAAUGGGAUUUCUGAUGAGUACCAUGUGAUCCGGCAUGCUAUGAAUCUGGAGGCAGUGAACACUUACGAAGGUACACAUGACAUUCAUGCUCUGAUCCUUGGGAGAGCAAUUACUGGGAUUCAGGCCUUCACAGUUGGCAAGUGAACCCACUUCAGCUGAGCAUGCCUGGCUGGAUCCUGGCAGCACCAUGCUUUGUUGACCUGCUCAGGCGGUGGAUGGAUGCAGCUUUUACGGUGAAAGGGAGACACUGAUUUGAGACUAUGGAAAUUUUUGUGGAAGACAUUCAGAUAUGCCCCACAGAAAGAAGAUGCAACUAACUCUCUGUAUGGCCCUCGACCUUUUAAAACUGCAACGAGAUCAGAGUCCAUCUACCUUGUUUUAAGCUUUUUGUAACUGGGGGAGGAGAGACAAAAGGAAGUGACACAGAAGCCACUGAGAUGGAGCGCUGGAGCCUUGUGAGAAGAUGCACUGGAGUUUACAGUGUGCCAUCGUGCCUCCAUCCCAGGGGCAGUACCUUCUAUGUUCUACACUGAGCAGAUAAAAGAGGAGAAUAAAGAGCCUGUGCCUUA